AUGAACAAAUUCAUCGCUGCUCUGGUAGCAACUCUACUCUUGGCUUCUUGCUUGGUCAACUGUCAAUACAGCAACAAUUAUGGUACUAAUUAUGGUACAUCAGGGGGUUCAGGUUCUAACUAUGGAGUCACUGGAGGAAAUUACAAUCAAUAUGGACAAAAUACUCAAUCCUAUUUGAAUCAAGUGAAUGCAGUCAAUUCAAAUCCAUACUCAAGUUAUGGAUCUUCAUAUACAGGACCAAGUAGUUAUGGAACUAAUUAUGGAAGUGCCUAUUCAAUGCCAUUCUAUGGUGGAUACGGAGGAGGAUAUGGAAUUCCAUGUUAUGGUGGAUAUGGUGGAGGUGUUCCAUUCUACGGUGGAUACGGUGGUUAUGGAUAUGGUGGUUAUGGUGGAUAUGGUGGUGUGGGUUGUGUUGGAGGUGUUAGAUGGUGUUAA